UUAAUUAUUUUUAUUAUUAUAAUUAUUAUAAAAAAAAUAUAUAAAUAAAAAAAUCCAUAGUGGUAAAAUACUUCAAUUAAAAAAAUUAAAAAAAAACUCAUCUCCCAUUUGACCCCUUCAAUCGACUACACAAAAUGUCAAAAAUUAAAUGGAAAAUUCAACCUUAUCUGUUUAUCGUCGCUACCUGUCUCCUCUCCAGUUGUUAUGCACAAAUAGAUUACUUUUCAUCUAUUUCCGGCAUGGAAAAUCUACUAAGAACUGAGGAAUAUUUAUUGCAAAGCUUCCGGGAGUAUGUGCGAGCGAGCAAGCAUCAAUUACAGACACUUGAAAGUGAGUUGCAUCGUAUUGAAAUGGAGUAUGCACAGGCAGCGCGUAAUACUGAAAAUUAUUUGACCAACCCAGUAAAUGUUUAUCGACUGAUGAAACGCCUCACCAACGACUGGACGAUAUAUGAGGAGCGGGUGCAAGCCGAUGAUGCGGCAAAAACAUUCCUGCGACAAAUGGCUGAGUACCGAGAAACCCUAAGUUUCCCCAGCCAAGACGAUUUUGAAGCCUCGGCAGCUGCUCUGGCGCGUCUACAAGAAACGUAUCAUCUGGAUACGGAACAAAUAGCUGGAGGCUUCUUAAAUGGCGUCAAAUAUGGAACCAGCAUGACUUGGCAGGACUGUUUUGUUUUGGGCAAACAAUUGUUCUAUUUAGAGGAGUACAACCACACAAAAUUAUGGUUGAAAGAAUCCAUGCAACGCCUAAGCCGUGAGCCAUAUUACAAACAUCCACACACUUUCGAAUAUGUAGAGGAUGUGGCGAAAAGUCUACUUAAUUUAGGUGACUUGGAGACAGCACUUAAACUCUCUGAUGAUAUCCUGAGACUUGAUCCCACCCGCGAAACCGCUUCGUACGUCAGAAAAACCAUACUCAGUCCAGUGGGCGAAAGGAAACCGUCUCUAACCACAAACCCCUCUUACUAUCAUCAAACCGAGGAAUUUGAAACGUACAAAAAAGUUUGUCGCGGUGAAAUUAAACCCUCUUCAGCGCAAUUACGUACACUCCGUUGCCGCUAUGAAAGCAAUAAUCAUCCUUAUCGCCUUAUAGCUCCUUUCAAAGUGGAGGAACAUAGCUUGGAUCCAUUGGUGUUGACAUUUCACGAUUUUAUCAGCGACACAAAGAUUGCUACCAUCAAACACAUGGCCACACCACACAUGCAACGUUCCACGGUACGCGAUGUAGUCACUAUGUCAAAGGCCACUGACUUCCGCAUCAGCAAGAACGCUUGGUUAGGCUAUCAGGAGCACACUUACAUGUUGGAUAUGUUGCGUGAUUUGCACGAUAUCACCGGCCUCGAUGUGACGCGCUGUGAAAAAUUGCAGGUAGCCAAUUACGGACUGGGCGGGCACUAUGAACCACAUUGGGACUUCUAUUUGGACUCUGAAUACAUACAAGAGGGAUUGGGUAAUCGCAUAGCCACCGCUAUUUUUUAUCUCUCCGAGGUGGAACAAGGUGGCGCUACUGCCUUUCCAUACUUGAAUACCGCCAUCAAGCCCAAAACGGGCAACGUACUUUUCUGGUACAAUUUGCAUCGGUCGCUGGAUGGAGAUUAUCGUACUAAACAUGCAGCGUGUCCGGUAUUGAAAGGAUCCAAAUGGAUCGCCAAUGUUUGGAUCAACGAUAUAACGCAACCAUUUACGCGGCCCUGCCUAUUGCAUAAUGACAAUGAAAUUUCCAGGCCGUACGCAACUGUUAAAUGAUUUUUUUUUAACCAUAUAUUUAUAAUAUUUAUUAGAUAUUAUUAUUUACUGUAAAUAUAUGUAUUUAUGUAUACGAGUAUAAGUAUAAACUUUUUUUGC